UAGGUUUUUGGCUAUAUACCUGAGAGCGGUUAGCCCGUGUCAACUGUGAACUUCUCGACUGAAAGCCAUGGCGUCGGAGAGUAAGCAGAGCUUUAACCUUGAUGCUGCCACCAAGGGAAACAAGAGAAAGCGUUAUCUUCCUCACAAUAAACCGGUGAAGAAGAAGGGCACAUAUCCAUUACGCCCAGGCGUACAAGGAAUUUUCAUCACUUGUGAUGGGGGAAGGGAACAUCAAGCCUCACGAGAAGCUCUCAAUAUCAUUGAAUCGUUUUAUGAAGAGCUAGUUCAUGGAGAAGAUUCAAAUGUUAAACAGCUACCCAGUAAGCCUUUGAAUACCAAAAUUACAUUCUCAGAUUCUGACUCUUCUGGUAGUGGUGAUGAUGGUGAUGGUGAUGGUGAUGGUGAUGAGGCAAAGGCGGAGGUACAAGAGGAAGAGGAAAAGGGUGGAAAUAAGAAUAAUUCUGAUAUUCCUAAUCAUCAGAAUGAAACAGUUGAAGAAUCAGAUUCUCAUAAAAUUGAUGAUGGGCUUGCUCAGGAAGAGGAAAAAUUUGAUGAACCACAAGCAAAGAAACAAUGCUGCAAAAUUGAUGGGCAAGCAUGUGAUUCUGAUGGUAAAGGGCAAGAGAAGUCCAUUGACAGAUUGAUUGAAGCUGAACUCGAAGUACUAGGAGACAAGACUAAGAGGUGCUUUUUCAAGCUUGACUCAGGUUGUAAUGGAGUUGUAUUUGUUCAAAUGCGAAAGAAAGAUGGAGGCCUAGGUCCCAAAGACAUAGUACAGCACAUGGUGACAUCUGCAGCAUCGACAAGAAAACACAUGUCUAGGUUCAUCCUGAGAAUUUUGCCAAUUGAACUAGCUUGCUAUGCUUCAGAAGAGGAAAUUUCAAAAGCAAUCAAGCCCCUUCUAGAACGUUAUUUUCCUUUGGAAACUCAAACUCCACAAAAGUUUGCUGUACUGUAUGAAGCCCGUGCAAAUAGUGGCAUUGACAGAAUGAAGAUUAUUGACGCAGUUGCAAAAUCAGUUCCUGGACCUCAUAAAGUUGAUCUUAAGAAUCCUGAUAAAACCAUCGUAGUUGAAAUUGUCAAGACCAUAUGCUUGAUCGGUGUCAUCGAAAAAUAUAAGGAAUUAGCCAAGUAUAAUAUCAGGCAGUUAACAUCGAGAAAAGGCUGAAUGGCAUGCAAAAUGGCACCAAACUUGUUUAGUCACUUCCUAGUUAACCAACUGGUGGUAUAAUUACUGUGCUUUUAAUACAGUUUCUUGUGAUUGUUAAAGCUGUCAUUUUAGGAUUUUCUAGAUUAAGGGUCCUUUUUAUAUCUGUGAUGUUUGUGGAGCAGAUUUUGCCCACCUAGGUAAACAUUUUGAAAUGCCAUGGGAGUAACGUGUUAAAGAAAAAGCUCUACUCUAUUCA